GGCUGGCGGGCGCUGCGGCGACCGCGGCGGCUGCUUCCUCGGGCCAUUUUGCUGAGGAGCGACGGGGAGGAGGAACUGCUGAGGAGACCCAAGGCGAGGAGCGGCGAGCCGGAGGAGGCGGCGGCCGCGCGCGCACCGGGCUUUCCUCGAUUGCGGGGAUCUCAAGGGGCGAAGGGAUCGCCGGGGAGGAGGACCGGAGAGCCGCGCCUGUCGCGCGGCGCGCCCCUUCCCGCCCCCUGCACCAUGAGCUGGGGCACCGAGCUCUGGGAUCAAUUUGACAACUUAGAAAAACACACACAGUGGGGAAUUGACAUUCUUGAGAAAUACAUCAAAUUUGUAAAGGAAAGGACAGAGAUCGAACUCAGCUAUGCAAAGCAACUCAGGAACCUCGCAAAGAAAUACCAACCUAAAAAGAACUCGAAGGAGGAAGAAGAAUACAGGUAUACGGCUUGUAAAGCUUUCCUUUCCACCCUGAAUGAAAUGAAUGAUUACGCUGGGCAGCAUGAAGUUAUCUCCGAGAACAUGACCUCGAACAUCACUGUGGAGUUAGCCCGCUACGUCCAGGAACUGAAGCAGGAGAGGAAAUCGUACUUCCACGACGGGCGGAAGGCCCAACAGCACAUAGAGAUCUGCUGGAAACAACUCGAAUCAAGUAAAAGACGAUUUGAACGGGACUGCAAAGAGGCGGACAGAGCGCAGCAGUACUUCGAGAAGAUGGAUGCAGACAUCAAUGUCACCAAAGCAGAUGUUGAAAAGGCGCGACAGCAAGCUCAAGUACGUCACCAAAUGGCAGAGGACAGCAAAGCAGAUUACUCAUCAAUUCUCCAGAAAUUCAACCACGAGCAGCAUGAAUAUUACCAUACUCACAUCCCCAACAUAUUUCAGAAAAUACAGGAGAUGGAGGAAAGGAGGAUAGUGCGAAUCGGGGACUCGAUGAAGACCUAUGCGGAGGUGGACCGGCAGGUGAUUCCGAUCAUUGGGAAAUGCUUGGAUGAAAUAGUAAAGGCAGCCGAAUCCAUCGAUCAGAAGAAUGAUUCCCAGCUGGUAAUAGAAGCUUAUAAGUCCGGGUUUGAGCCUCCCGGGGACAUUGAAUUUGAGGAUUACACUCAACCGAUGAAACGCACCGUGUCAGAUAACAGCCUUUCGAAUUCCCGAGGAGAAGGCAAACCAGAGCUCAAGUUUGGUGGCAAAUCCAAAGGAAAGUUAUGGCCUUUCAUCAAAAAAAAUAAGGGCGCCACGCCAGAGGAUUUCAGCAACCUCCCACCCGAGCAGAGAAGGAAAAAGCUGCAGCAGAAGGUCGAUGAAUUAAAUAAAGAAAUUCAAAAGGAGAUGGAUCAAAGAGAUGCCAUAACAAAAAUGAAAGAUGUUUACCUGAAGAAUCCUCAGAUGGGAGACCCAGCCAGUUUGGAUCACAAAUUAACCGAAGUCAGCCAAAAUAUAGAAAAACUGCGGCUAGAAUCCCAGAAAUUUGAGGCCUGGCUGGCGGAGGUGGAAGGCAGGCUGCCGGCACGCAGCGAGCAGGCCCGCCGGCAGAGUGGAAUGUUCGACGCCCAGAACCCAGCCACGGUCAACAACUGUGCCCAGGACCGCGAGAGCAGCCCGGAUGGCAGUUACACGGAGGAGCAGAGUCAGGAGGGUGAGGGGAAGGUGCUGGCCACGGACUUCGAUGACGAGUUUGAUGAGGAGGAGCCCCUGCCCGCCAUCGGGACCUGCAAAGCCCUCUACACAUUCGAAGGUCAGAAUGAAGGGACCAUCUCCGUGGUUGAAGGAGAAACUCUGUACGUGAUCGAGGAAGACAAAGGCGACGGGUGGACCCGCAUUCGGAGAAAUGAAGAUGAAGAGGGUUAUGUCCCCACUUCGUACGUCGAAGUCUAUUUGGACAAAAAUGCCAAAGGUGCUAAGACUUAUAUUUAAUACAACUUAAAAAAAAAAACUGUAAAAAAAAAAAAAUUGGAGUUGUCUCUCCCCACAACUAUGACUGUACCCAGCGGUUCUUCCAAAGCGUGGCUGGAGGACACUGGAGUGCGUGUUGUCACAUGGCCACGCGGUGGGCUUGUAGGCGUUCGACACCCGAAUUCCCUUGGCUAGUUUUGACUAUAAUCACAUUUCACUUGCUCAUGAAAUAUGACGCGGAAAGCUGCCAACUGCCAAUUUACAAUUCUGUCAUUUGAAAUCGGAUAAACAGUUCUUCUGGCAGUAUCUGUAGGUAUCCAAAAAAAAAAAAAAAAAGUUGCCUUCUAGCUUCUAAUCGCUAUUUCUGAAUUUAAAAGUCCACACACGUCAGAGGGGCGGGUAGGACUUCAGUUCUGUUUCUAUCUAGCAACUGCGGUAAAUGGAACCCCCUUAGAGUGUUACAUUUUGUAACUUAAUAACUUGAACUAUGCUAGUUUGUGUAAUCUUACAAUCACUUGCUUUGGAGGAAGUCAUAAAUAAAACCUCCCCCUCCUUGAGAAAAGAGUAAGACGCGGCCUAUGUUGGUGCUAAACGUGUGUAUUUUUCCUUAAACGUGUUUAAGAUCAUUGGUAGAUCACCGUGAGUAUCCUCUCCCCUGUGCAUGAUCCCAGACAACCCACUGAAAUCUGGAAAAGCUUGGUUAACAAUUAACCAGUUGACUUUUACAGGAGACCACUGAGCUCCCCGCUGCCACUGGGCUCCCCGCUGCCACUGACAGAGUCCAUCAGAUGCCCUGGCGCUGUUUCGAUCACUUACAAAAAACAGUAUGCUUCUUUUGGAGGUUUUGUGGCAAGUGGAGCUGUUUUCAGCUCACACUUCCCCACGUGGGGCUAUAAAUAGCAGCAGCUGCUUCUACACGCAGACCCCCGCCCCCCCAGCUCCUCACUUCGCGGAGGUGUUUUGGGUUUUUGGUUUUGUUUUGUUUUUCUUAAUCCUUGACAUCUUUUAAGACCCAAAAUAUGAAUUUACUGAAAAUCGUUUUAGAAUUGCUAGCUCGUUUUAUAUAAUGAACUAUAGCCAGACUAAAGUAUUUCACCAUCUUGAAAGGGAUCUGGGUCACAUGGGGUUUUGCAUUUUUAAACUGGCAACAUAGGUAGUGAAAUCGAUCACAUGCGUAGAGAUGGGUACCCAGCCCAAUGUGUGUGCCCAUUUCAAGAAUCUACCCUGAGGUCAUGGAGAACCAGCUAUGAAUGGCUCACAAUAAAGGUGUCAAGUUCCAAUUUACUUUUUAUUUGGCUUUGAGAAUUAUUUAUUCAUGUCCUUCCUACUUUUACAUAGGAAAUUAGCUCCUUGCUUUUACAUCGUGAGCUCCUUUUAUAAGCUCAAGUCGAUUUAAAGCUGAUUCUACCAAAAAAAAAAAAAAGCCGAUUUAAAAAUCAACAGCUGCUUAUCAUCGGGGUGUGGCACCUGGCCGGAGUUACAGGUGCUUGUUGUAGAAUCUAGCAGAAAGUUUGCUACACUCCCCAAGGACCACCAAAAUGGAAUUUAGUAAACGCUAAUGACAGCCUGAUUUUUAAAACACGUUUUAUUGUUAAAUGAUAGAUUGCCAGGAGGCUGUAAAGACAGUCCAGAGCCAUCCCGUGUACGCUUCAGCCGGUGUCCCCCCAGGGGUGACUUCGGACGUAAAUGGUAGAAUAAUGCCCAAAGCAGGAAACUGACGUCGGUCUGCCCGCUUUUUAAAAUAUUUUGUGAUUCAGAAUUAUUUUGCCUUGUUCUACCUUUGCUGAUGUAAUAUCGAUAAAGCCAUUCACCCUGGACCCCAGACCUCUCAGGAAAAUCAUUUCUGUUCCCCUUUUUAAAUAUUUACCGCAAGUAACUCGGCUGACCCUGAAACCACAGGGAUUCCUCUUCACGAGCUAGGGGAGGUUACAGCACUAGGCAUGGACCCAGGCGAACGGGGGACCUCAGAUAUUAAAAUCAGAGCUUUCUGUCCGAUGAUGGGACUCAUUUCCAGCCUGUGAACAGCUACAGGAAGCAAACCAAACACUGAAAAAGUCUUAAAAUGGCCGAGACAACGUGAGCCUCUGGAAGCCUCCCUUGGAAAGUAUGGCAUUCCAUGACGUUAUUGUGGGUUUAUUUAGGUUUUUGGUUUUUUUGUUUUUUUCUUAACGGUUGUGCAAAUUUGAUUCAGAAAAUGGCUCAGUUGGUUUAUGGGGGGCGGGGGGGGCGUGUGUGGGUUUGGGCGUGUAAUUGAAUGCUCAUGAUUUUAAAUUGUGUGCCUCAGGCCCUUAGCACAGGCAGCUGCGGAGGAAGGACAGAACAAGUGUGCCUUGGUGCCCGCCGGUCAGUGCACCGAGUGUUAGGAGAAGUCCUGAAACCAUUCCCAAAGAAUCAGAAUUCCCACUUCUGCCCAGAGUAUACUCUGGUUUUUGCUACCCUCCCCCCACCCCUGGUUAUCUGCUAAAAUGAAAGAACCCAAGUCUCGGCUUGCGGGUGAAGUUUUCUCCUUUUAUUUUAGAGACACAUUUAGAGGUUACUCGUGUAUGCGUCGAAGCCUGUCUUCCCCACCUGGUUUCUCAAUCUGCUCGGCACCCCCAAGAACACUGCCCCCCCAACCCCUCCCAGCCCGUGGGGAACUCAAACAGCUGUUCUGUGCCCGUGCACAUGUGUGUGUGUGUGUGUGUGUGUGUGUGUGUGUGUGUGUUGUCAGCUACAAUGUGACUAUUUAAUAAUUGCCAAAAUAUUUAGACUAGAGGAACGUCCAGUGGGUCGGUUGGAUUGUGACUGUCUUCUUUUAUGGUUCAGUUUGGUUUUUUAAAUUGCUUUCUGUUAAAUAUGUCCGUAAUCCCCCCACCCCCAUCUAUUUGUAUAUACUGCCAUUUGGAAACUAAAAGGUUGACUUGAAUUCGUUGUUUUAACGUUUGACUCUUUUGUCUGUUUGUUUUAUUGGUGCUUCUGCUGCCUAAUGACCGUUUUUGUUUUUGUACCCGCUGGGGAAGCCGGAAGGACUAGGUCCCCUGCCGGCCACUCCAGACUUGCGUUUAUUGUAGACACUUGUGUUCUGAGUAAGUUUUGUUCCAGUACGGCCAACACGAUUGCCUCUCUCUUCUCACCCUGAAAGGAAAGAACCUGUCUGGCUCCUCUUAAGUUGUACCCUCAUAUCUGCCUCUCUAAUAAACGUAUUUUUCUCA